AAAAAAUACAGUUUGAAGACAUCAGUGCAGCUGCCUACAAAAUAAGGGAUGGCAUCAUGAAGACUCCUUGUACACGAUCUCGUUUAUCAGGACUUUUAGGUGUAAAUAUAUUCUUUAAAAAGGAAUUUCUGCAGUUCACUGGAAGUUUUAAGGAAAGAGGAGCAAGAUACACCCUGAUGAUGCUGCCUAAGGAGCAGAAAGAAAAAGGAGUUGUGGCAGCCAGUGCUGGUAACCAUGCCCUCGCACUUAGUUACCAUGGCAAGGAACUCAACAUCCCAAUUACUGUGGUGAUGCCUAAAAUAGCUCCAUUGAUGAAGGUGCAGGCUUGUCGGUCCUACGGUGCUCAUGUCAUUGUUACAGGGAAGGAUAUCUCUGAGUCGAGAGAACAUGCUAUGAAGCUUGGAAAGGAACAGGAUCUGAUGUACAUCAAUGGGUAUGACCAUCCACACAUCUUGGCAGGCCAGGGAACAGUAGGGUUAGAAAUUCUGGAGCAAGUUCCUGACCUUGAUGCUUGUGUUAUCCCUGUAGGUGGUGCUGGUCUCAUCGCUGGGGCUGCACUGGCCAUCAAAAGUCUCAAGCCAUCAGUCCAGAUUAUUGGAGUUGAGUCCGAGACCUGCCCUAGUUUUGCUGAGGCGAUGAAAGCAGGCAAGCCAGUAUAUACUACUACAACUUCAACACUGGCUGACGGUCUGGCCGUCCCAACUGUAGGAGUGAACGCUUUUGUUACUGCAGCCCCUCUAAUAGACAAGAUGGUGGUCGUAGAGGAGCAGAGCAUUGCCCUGGCCAUCCUCAGAUUGAUAGAGCUAGAGAAAGCGGUAGUGGAGGGGGCUGGGGCUACUGGUCUGGCUGCCAUUAUACAGGGCAUGCUACCUGAGCUGUCUGGUAAAAAAGUGGUGGUGAUCCUCUGUGGGGGUAACAUUGACACAACCUGUCUAGGCCGAGUCAUUGAGAGAGGUCUUGCUGCUGAUGGACGACUGGUCCGGUUUGUGGUGACAGUCAGUGACCGACCAGGAGGUAUCACAGAAUUAGCCAGAACUAUCUCCAAGAUGGGAAUUAGUUUGAAAGACAUGUACCAUGAACGUGCUUGGAUAAAGUCGGACAUAUUUUCAGUUCAAGUUAAAUGUGUGGUGGAGACCAGAGAUGCAGAACAGAGUAAGGAGCUUGAGAAUGUUCUGAGGGAGAAGUAUGAUCAUGUUGUGUGGGGUCCUGUACAUUAAAAUUGUAUCACGCCCCAGUCACUCUGUGCUGUCAACAAAUAUAAAUAAAUGACAACACAGAGGUGAACACCAGCACACCUUAAUGCCGGAGCUUUAAUUCUGGUUUCCUAGAUGUUACCUCAGUGUGGUUUGUGCAUUGUUUAUCAAUAACUGUACCAUAUUUAUUAUGCCUUUAAGAUGGUACCGAUUUACACAACUAACGGUGUACGUUAAGAAAGGUAUAUUAUUAUGUUAUCCUCUGAAGUUUACCAUAAGUAGUUGUUCUUUGUUACUAUAAAUACACAUGAGUCUGUGUUUCUCUAACAGGGUUCUCCGUGAAUGUUACUAUAAAUACACAUGAGUCUGUGUUUCUCUAACAGGGUUCUCCGUGACUGUUACUAUAAAUACACAUGAGUCUGUGAAUCUCUAACAGGGUUCUCCGUGUGACUGUUACUAUAAAUACACACGAGUCUGUGAUUCUCUAACAGGGUUCUCCGUGAAUGUUACUAUAAAUACACAUGAGUCUGUGUUUCUCUAACAGGGUUCUCCCCGACAUCAGUAUAUGGUACAAAUAGAACACUGGACUACUAGGCAUCAGGCAAUAAAGUGUUUACAUGUAUUGAUAUACAGUCCUACAACAAAUGUUUACCCUCUUAUCCCGGUUUGACAUUUUAUUCAUAUUUUUAUAUUGGGCCUAUUUUUAAGUUUUGUAUGUGAGUUAUUGUAUAUGCCAAAGAAUAUACACUACACAACAGGUAAAUCCUGUCACGUUAUCACACCAGGUAUGUAGAGUAGGAAAUUCAUGGUUUUUCCCUUUCCAUUUGUCAAUCCAUCCAAUUGUCAGUCAAUCGACUUUAGCAGGAACUGGCGUGUUUGCCCGAUAUCUACUUAUAAGUAUGUUUUCAAGUUCAAGGUCGCCUAGAGAUCACCCUGCAAGUCGAGUUCAUUUUCUGUUGUUAGUUCCUCAAUUCCUCUGUUAAUGUAGUAUACUACACCAAAACAAUGUACUGGUGUAUUGGUUUCGUCAGAGUGGAUUGUAAUCAUUCAGGAAUUGGUUCAAACUCAGUUUACAGAUUAAUAGAACUUGUGUCACUUUUAUGAAAGUGUUCACUCUGCUGAUCUUUAUUAUGAUGUAUAAUUUUAUUGAGAGACCACCUGUAUGAUAUAUCAGACCAAAUAUCAUUUACGACCUUUUUUUUUUAUAGAUUCCAGAAGCAAAUCAGUAUCUUUUAAAGAUAUUUUUUCUGUUUUGUACAUAUACAUAUUUUUAAUUUGUUCACAUGUUGCUGGCAUUCUGUAUUGGUAUUUUUUAAUGUUAAAGAUGAUAGAAUUUCUAUACCAGAAGGUUUUUUCAAGUUAUUUGAAUUUUUUUAACAGAAAAAGAAAAAACAUACUUAAUAUUUAUCAUGUAUAAUGAAAUAAUAUCUAUUGGAGAGAAUUUAAAGUUUCAUAUCAAAAGCCAACAUACCUUAAAGAAGACUCUCCAGAUGAUGAUAGUAACAUAAAGAUAUAUACACCCCCAUACAAUACAUGUAGAUAUCUGUGAUAACUUUUUUAAAAUUCAGGUGUUAAAAUGUAUAUUUUUCCAAAUGUCGAUAAUUAUAUAAGUAUGUUAUUAUAAAUGGUGCUUGACAGAAUUUAUUUAUUGCUUUUCAUGAUUAUUUUAAAUAAGUAUCAAGUUUUAUUAAAAACUAGAGGCCUAAAUUGGUUUCUUGCAUAGACAAUAGUUCUAAUUGAAUAAUAAUUUACUGCUUUGGACUUUUAAAUCAUUAUGGACAUUUUCAAAGUUCUCCAUGUAUACAUUAAAUAUUUGCUUUGUGAAUCCAAUAUGUCCUCAGUACUCUACAGUGACCGAAGACAGUUCUACGUGUCCUCAGUACUCUACAGUGACGGAAGACAGGUCUACGUGUCCUCAGUACUCUACAGUGACCGAAGACAGUUCUACAUGUCCUCAGUACUCUACAGUGACCGAAGACAGUUCUAUAUGUCCUCAGUACUCUACAGUGACCGAAGACAGUUCUACAUGUCCUCAGUACUCUACAGUGACCGAAGACAGUUCUACGUGUCCUCAGUACUCUACACUGACCGAAGACAGUUCUAUAUGUCCUCAGUACUCUACAGUGACCGAAGACAGUUCUACAUGUCCUCAGUACUCUACAGUGACCGAAGACAGUUCUACAUCAUCCUCAGUACUCUACAGUGACCGAAGACAGUUCUACAUGUCCUCAGUACUCUACAGUGACCGAAGACAGUUCUACAUGUCCUCAGUACUCUACAGUGACCGAAGACAGUUCUACGUGUCCUCAGUACUCUACAGUGACCGAAGACAGUUCUACAUGUCCUCAGUACUCUACAGUGACCGAAGACAGUUCUACAUGUCCUCAGUACUCUACAGUGACCAAAGACAGUUCUACAUCAUCCUCAGUACUCUACAGUGACCGAAGACAGUUCUACGUGUCCUCAGUACUCUACAGUGACCGAAGACAGUUCUAUAUGUCCUCAGUACUCUACAGUGACCGAAGACAGUUCUACAUGUCCUCAGUACUCUACAGUGACCGAAGACAGUUCUACGUGUCCUCAGUACUCUACAGUGACCGAAGACAGUUCUAUAUGUCCUCAGUACUCUACACUGACCGAAGACAGUUCUACAUGUCCUCAGUACUCUACAGUGACCGAAGACAGUUAUACAUGUCCUCAGUACUCUACAGUGACCGAAGACAGUUCUACGUGUCCUCAGUACUCUAUAGUGACCGAAGACAGUUCUACAUGUCCUCAGUACUCUACAGUGACCGAAGACAGUUCUACAUGUCCUCAGUACUCUACAGUGACCGAAGACAGUUCUACAUGUCCUCAGUACUCUACAGUGACCGAAGACAGUUCUACAUCAUCCUCAGUACUCUACAGUGACCGAAGACAGUUCUACAUGUCCUCAGUACUCUACAGUGACCGAAGACAGUUCUACAUGUCCUCAGUACUCUACACUGACCGAAGACAGUUCUACAUGUCCUCAGUACUCUACAGUGACCGAAGACAGUUCUACAUGUCCUCAGUACUCUACAGUGACCGAAGACAGUUCUACAUCAUCCUCAGUACUCUACAGUGACCGAAGACAGU